AUGGGUUUUGAGCUGGACCGCUUCGAAAGCCCCGUAGACCCGGACUUCCUCUGCCAGCUGUGCGGGAAGGUUCUCGAGGAGCCGCUGUCCACUCCGUGCGGACACGUGUUCUGCGCCGGCUGCGUGACUCCGUGGGUGUCCGAGCGGAGCCGCUGUCCGCUGAGGUGCCGCCGCAUCUCCGCCGACGAGCUGAACCGCGUCCUCGCGCUCCAGAACCUCGUCCUCAAACUGGCCGUCAAGCGCCGCGAGCGCGACGGAGCGCCGAAGCCCCGGCGCCUCUCUGACCUCUCCUCGGUCCGCCGCGGGGUAACGCGCCACGGCACAGGGACGUCGGAGCAGCCCGCGCGCGUCGAGGCCACGCGGACGCAGAGAGGAGAGAGAGAGGCGAGGCGGCGAGCCGAGAGCGCGAGCGCACGCGAGAAGCGGCUGCAGCUCGCGCACCUCCACCGUGCGCUUCACGCGACGGCGCGAGGACAGUCCGGGGAGCUCAGGGCGAGAAGCGGCUCUCAGAUCGAGGGAGAAGAGACAAGGAGGCUGACUGUCAAUCUCUACAGAGCCUCUGGGUCACUUGGCUUCAGUAUCAUCGGUGGAAGGUCGUGUGAGGGAUCGGAAGUCUGCCGAGAUAUGAGUGAUGGGAUUUAUGUGUCCAAGAUAGUGGAAAAUGGACCAGCAGACAGAGGAGGCCUGCAGAUACAUGAUAGGAUCAUAAAGGCAAAUGGAAAGGAACUGUCUUUGGCCACUCAUGAUGAAGCAGUGGAGGCUUUCCUGAUGGCCAGAGACCGCGUUGAGGUUGAAAUUCUGCGCAGGGUUGCCCCCAGUAAGACCUCCGUCACUCCACCGUCAGGUGCGAGAGGGGUGGACAGCAGUACGCAGACAGAUGUAACUCUGGAGCACCUAAAGGCGACGGCGAAUUUAACCUCUUGUACAACACCUUUAUGCACGGCCAUGGAGGACAGAUACAGAUGCCUGCGUACCGAGAGUGAAGUAGCUGGCUAUGGCUCACUGUACCCCAGCGGCUUCUUUGAAGGCAUGACAAAGGACUCCGGAAGAGAAGAUCUUGAGUUUGAGGAGGUGCAUCUGCAGAGAGUGACCUAUCAGGACAAGCUCGGCCUGACGUUAUGCUGCAGGACCGACGACGAAGAGGAGACUGGUAUUUAUGUGAGUGAGAUUGAUCCAAAGAGCAUUGCAGCGAAGGAUGGCAGGGUGAGAGAAGGUGACCGAAUUGUUCAGAUCAAUGGUGUGGAGGUACAGAACCACGAGGAAGCACUGGCCGUGCUGUCAAAGGGAAAUGCGAGGCACGUACGCCUCCUACUGGCUCGACUUGAAGUCCAGGAUGAUGAGUGGUUGGAGGAAGACAGCCACGGUUUCCUUGAUGACUUACACAUGGGCGUGCUGGAGCAGCAGCCCUGCCAGGCGAUGCAGUUCACUGCCAGCAUGCUUCACCAGACAGUACAUGAAGAUGGUGGUACUACAGACACGGCUACCGUUCUCUCCAACCCCCAUGAGAAAGACAGUGGUGUGGGUCGUACGGACGAGAGCACCCGCAACGAUGAGAGCUCGGAGCAGGAGAACCUGGCAGAUGACCACACUUCAACCUCUGACACUCUUCCAAGAUCUGGCAAGAGGUGCAGCUACAGCCAGGACAUUCCAGGCAGGGAGUCCUUCCUCUCUGCUGAUGGUGGCGAGAUCUCGAACAUACCUGACAUCGAGUGCGAACGCUUCCGUGAGCUGCUUGAGCUGAAAUGUCUGGUGAACGAAAACAGUCCCUUGAUGAUUUUAGGAGAAAGUGCCAGGUCGUUUGGGAACAGGAUUAACUUGGACUGUGAAGAACAAGAGAUUCAGAUGCUCAAUGAGGAGCUGAGGAACAUUGAGCUGGAGUGCCUGAGCAUCAUACGGUCGCACAGGUUGCAGCAGGAGGUCCAAAGACAGCAGCCAAGCGGGGAUUCCAGUGACCAGCAGAGCUGCACCAGUAAAACCAGCACAGGUGAAGGCCAGAGACAGUAUAGCAUCACUGCUGAUGUUCUCGAGCAAAUAGACAGCUCUAGCGCCUACAACACUGGAGAGAGCUGUCGCAGUUCAUCUCUCGCUCUUGAGCUUCCUUCAGACAUUGAUUUAUCCAGAUUUAUGCAGAAUGGUGGCAGAGGUGCCGUCAUGCACAGAGAGAAGCCCAUCACAGAAGCCUCUAGGCUUAUGCUGCCCCCUAUACAGGAGAUGAGUCCCAAGAAGAGUCUUUCUACUCUAACGGAGUCUGAGGCCACAAAACGGGCGAAAGAAAAGGAGCAAAGAAAAGGACACUUGAAGAGUUCUCCUCCUCUUCCAGCGUACAGACAGAUCGCCCAUAUCCCAGUACAUGCCCAGCACUACCAGAGCUACAUGCAGCUAAUCCAGCAGAAGUCAGCUGUGGAGUACGGUCAGAGCGAGGUGAGUUUGGUCAGCCUGUGUCGGACCCCCCAGAGCACUUCCAAGCCCAAAAUGGAGUGGAAGGUGAAAAUCCGAAGCGACGGAACACGCUACAUCACCAAGCGGCCCGCCAGGGAACAGCUCCUGAGGGAGAGGGCCCUUCGCAUCCGAGAGGAACGCCGCGGAAUGACCACAGACGACGAUGCCGCAAGCGAGCUGAAGAUGGGACGCUACUGGAGCAAGGAGGAGCGCAAGCAGCAUGCCGUACGCGCCAAAGAGCAGCGCCAGCGCAGGGAGUUCAUGAAGCAGAGCCGCACGGUCAGCACGACCGAGCAGGAAAGACGAGCAGAUGAUAUCAUUCAGCUCAGCCACAAGAAGAUGAUGAAGAAGAGGAACCGGAAGAUCUUGGACAGCUGGAUGACCAUUCAGGAACUGUUGACCCACGGCUCAAAGUCACCAGAUGGAACGCGACUGUACAAUCCCCUUCUCUCCGUCACCACAGUGUAAGGGUAUUUACUAAAGCUGCACAAUGUCUUGUUUGUUAAUUGUUAUAUAAUUAUAUUAAUACUGGCCUUUGUGGUGCUCAUAUCACAGAAGGCUUCGAUAUGCAAAUGAGACUGAAAAGAUUUGAUAUUUUAUUGUGGUUUGGGCAGUCAGACAAACUGUAUGUGUUCCAGGUUAGUGUCUGAUUUGGGGUUGUAACGCCACCUAACACAGAUUUAAUAUUCAGUCCUGACACACUGAGGAUUCAGCAGGGUAGUUUGAUGAUCAGGCACCCCUGCCUCGUAAUACCUGGUCCAGGAGAUCUACCACACUGCAGAGUUUAGGUCCAACGUUAAUCAAACAAACCUGAUCCAGGUAAUUAAGGCCUUCAGGGGCAUCUCACUGUGUGAGCCGGCUGUUAUGAUGAUGAUGAUGAUGAUGAUUUUAUAUAGCGCCUUUCUCAAAUACAAAACAGUACACACACCUCUACAUUUCCACUUCACUCCAUGACUAUGCUGCAUCUCGUAGCCCAACACCACCUGUCCAGGCAGCCCCACAGCUGCAGUGCAGCACCAUCCAAGCAGCCAGUCCAAGAGCCACGUAUCUGUGAAGUCACAACGAUCAGGUCUCCAGUUCAGGCAGCCCUGUAGCCACAAUACAGCAUCACUCCACCAGCCGGUCCAGGCCACACCAGAGCUGUGAUGUAGCAUCACCAAAACUGCCAGUCCAAGAAGUCUCUGAGCCACAGUUGGAAAAUCGCUCUUGGCCACCGUCUCGAUGGAAUGAUGGCAAAUUCCUCAGCUGGCAGGGAAACAUCAAAUAAUAAUAAGUUCAAUUUAUGCAGCGCCUUUCACAAACCCAAGGACGCUGUACAUCAUCAUCAUAGAGGGAAAAGGAAAAAAAUAGUUUCACACUACAGAGAGGAAAAAAGGAAGGUUUUUAGCCGAGAUUUGAUGGAAGACAAAGAAGGAGCAAUUACGAAGAGUGGAAGGUAGAGAAUUCCAGAGUUUGGGGGCAGCAGCUCUGAGAGAUCAGCCACCCAUAGUAGAAAGUCUAGCUGAGGGAACUGUGAGGAGUCCAGCAUUAGAAGAUCGGAGAGCACGAGAGGGACGAUAUAAAGAAACGAGAUCAGGAAGGAAUGUCGGAGCCAGACCACGUAAAGCCUUGAAGGUAAGAAGGAGUUUGUACUUAAUCCUAGAACUAACAGGAAGCCAGUGCAGCUGCUGAAGAACAGGAACAGGAGUGGUCUGAGCCGAUCGCUUGGUGGAGGUCAGAACCCCGGCUGCUGAGUUUUGGACUGAAGAUGGUUGAGUAGUUUAACUGGAAGGCCAUAGAAAAGUGAGUUACAGUGAUCGAUGUGAGCGAAGAUGAAGGCAUUGAUCAUUUUAGCACCAGUGUCACUCAGCGAAGGGUCUAAGCCUGCAACGUUACGCAGAUGAUAAAAUGCAGUUUUGGUGACGAGCUUAACGUGAGACUCGAGAAUAAGAGAGGAGUCAAGAAGACAGCCGAGGUUCUUAACAAAUUGGGCUGGGUUAAUACCGACACCAUCAAUGUUGAUGGUGGAAUUCAACCAAAACAUUCACACAAAACAAAACAAACAAAAAAAGGUGUGAUGGAACUGAACUCUCCAGGGUGGUCGAUCUCCAGGACCAGGAUUGAGCACCUCUGUUAAGGUUGAUCAGUCGCAGUAUCGGGCGAUUAUAAUUGCAAUAUGGAAUUUCAGCUGUAUUGCACAGUCCUACACACAGUAAAGACUUGGUUUAGAGCUGCAGCACCAGUGUGCAAAAGUCAGAGAUUCAUUGAUUUGAUUUCCAGUCCAAAUGGUGGCAAAGCACAGCUUGUUCAUUUUUCAGCCUCAGGAAAAAAGAGAACCAACAUUUUAGUGAAAUUUCCAUAAGAUUCAAUUAAAUCUAAUAUCAAAUGUCCACCGUUUGCCUUCUGCUCUUCCAGCUUGCGUUCGUUUUAAAGGAUUUGUCUUCGGUUUUUCAAAGAAAUCUCCAGGGAUAUUUUUUUUCACAGCUUCAGAGUCGGUUCUGAGUAGUUGGUUGCAUUUUCACAAUCCAAGUGAUUCCACAUUCACAGUCACGUUCAGUGAAGUUGAGGUCUGGACUCUUGGGAGGCCAGUCCAUUGUUCUGAGAAGUCCAGCAGCUUCUUUGUUCUUUCUUUGUCUAGUUCCUUUUCUCAGAAACGGCUUCUUGACCAAAAGGAUGAGGUUUUAGUCAGUAGCGCGCCAACACUGAGCGCGUUUACAUGCACUUAAUAAUCCAGUAACGGCAGGAAAUCGGAUUUUGUCAGUAAUCCGAUCAACACGUUUACCUCCACUCGAGUAAUCUGAUAACAGGUCUGCACCAGUCAGUCAGACAGUAAUCAGAUUUCUGCUUUACAGCCAAACUCAGACGCGUAAAACGUGAAACUCAAACUUCAUGCUGUGGAUUUUUUUCAAACAUCGAGUCCCAUUAGAUGAAAAUAUGAACAGGAGAUAUGAAGCAAGAAUGGAGACUGACCUUCUUUCAUCUCUCAAAGAUGAAAGCUCUCUAUCACGGUUAGCAGGAGUCCCAUUUUAUGUCUUUUAACCUCUUAUUGACCAGGGUGUGUUUUGGUUGGUUCAUCUGAAUUUACAUGACCACAUCGUAGGGUCAAUUAUUCA